ACGUUUGCGUCGCAAUUCGGGAGUUGGGGGGAUUGGCCUCCCCCCCCGUGCGUCCAACUUCCUGUCCCCCCUGCGGCCUGGGCUCCACAACCUUGCCUGAGCCUCGGACACCACUUCCUGACUCUCCGCUGGAGGCAGAGCUCUCCUUACUCUCUCCAGCGCUUGGGGAUGGGCUGGAACUUAAGAUGGGAGGGACUUCCCUGUAUCCCUUGUCCCUUUGUAUUAAGCAACAAACUUUCUGAUAUCAAAAUUGAAACACAUACACAUGGAAAAGAGAGGCCACUGCUGUUGUUAUAUGUGUACAGUACUGUAUAUUGAAUGCUGAUCCCAGGCAAGCCCUGCUUGAAACCAUCUGACCUUCAAGCUUCAUAUCAGUCACGCUGUGGCCAAGGGACAAAAACACCAGCUUUCCUUUGACCACUAUUCAGCAACAUGGUCCAUCAACAGGGUGACCAACCCUCCAAUCCCUAAAAACAGCUGAGCAACCUUAACAUCACACUUUAAGAGUUCCAUUAAUGGAAAUAGCUAUUAGUUACCUCCUUCUAAAGUUAUUUUCCAUAGAAAGCAAAUUGUAGUCCAGCCUAUUAGAACAGCCAAAGGGUUAGUUUCUGUGCCUGAAUGGCAACCACAAAGAAGUCUGUGCCCAGUUCUAGAGCCCUGGACUAAUGCCGCCUUAUCGUAUAAUAACCUGAAUGGCUGGAGCAGAAAAGGCAAUGAUGUCAUAGACCUGCUACUGAAGCUUCUAGAACAAAGGCAGUUGGAGUGAGAACAUGAAGACCACUACAGGGGGAGAGUUGGUGACCACCUAAUCCAGAGCUGCUGUUUUGUCAUAAGGGCCAUGAUUCCAGCCGGCUGUAAAUAGAAAACAAGAAACACAAAAAGUCUGCCAACCAUCCAGACAAUGAUGCCAUCUACAUACAAGUCGCAGCCCUGAUGAAAAGAAUAAAACAACCCCCGUGAAGUGGGAUCAGACCAAGGUAGCUCUCAUGUUUCCUUUAUAGCUUUUUAAACUAAAGGUGAAGAUUGGCAAGAGGUAGAUACUUGGCUUGCCAAAUCUGCACCUGUGGGCCUCAAGUGUCUACUGUAGCAGUUUGUAGGUGAAAGGAAGAAUGGAUGACUCUGAACCUGCAUUUGACCAAGUAAUCCCUGGAAAUGAAGAAAUGCUAGGUACUGAAGAACAGAAACAUAAUCAUGAAAUUAAUGAGAAUUGCAAUGAGAUGUGCCAACCAGAGAGUGAAACAUAUUUUAGGAAACAAUCCCGCAGCAGCAGCCCUCACAUCCUAGGCCAGGAACAGGCUAUUAGUUUGCUUGAAGAGACAGAACAACCUGUUGUGCAAGACUCCAGCUAUGAGAGUGAACAAGUGGAGAGCAAAGAAUCCCAGAAUGGUAAUCAACAACUGGAGAAACUGGAAUCUCGGCAUAGCAGGCAACAGUCCAUUCAUGGCCAGAAUCCGCAGAGCAGAAAAUCUUCCCAAGGGAAGGCCUUAGACAAAACUGAAAUAAUGGAUGAACGGUGUUGGAUCAGCAAAACAACAGGCAUAAAAAUGAUAUCUGGCAGUCAGCAAACUAGUUUUGUUUGGGGCCCAGAAACACUUGAAGAAAUUCUGCGUCCUUUUCGUGAGGCUGCAAUAAGCAGUGCUACUUAUGCAAAUACAGAAGUAGAACCACCUAUAGCUCAAGACUCUCACUUUAGUAUUCAACAACCAAAGGGGCAAGAAUCAAGGCGGGCUAGUCAACUACCUAUAGCAAACGAAUCUCACCAUAGUAUUCCACAAGAGGCAGAGAGAAAGGAAUCAAUAAAAGGUUGGCAACAGACUGCAGUACAUGAAUCUUGCUGCAGUAUUCAGCAGCCAGAGGGAAAGGAAACAAGGCAAACCAGUCGACAGGCUUUAGCAGAAGAAACUUAUUAUAUUACUCAACAGCCAAAAGAGCAGGAGUCCAAGACUGGCAACCAGCUACCAAGAAGACAUGAGUCCUACCAAAUGCCAGAAGAUAAACGAAUAAAAAGACUGAAAAGAAUGCACAAAAAUAUAACUGACCAGGCACAGCAGACAGAUAGUGCAGAAUCUCUGAGAAGAGAACUGUUUGAAAAGAGUCUACAGACAGAUAGCCAUGGCAGUUCAACAAUUAGUGCAACAAUUGAAUUAAAAGGUUCCUGCCAUGGCAGCCGCCAAUCUAGCUUACAAAAAAUUGAUCAGGAGAGUUUUCCAGUUGAGUUACAAGAUCUCUCUUUGGGCAGACAGCCCUCUGAAGCACCUGGGAUUUACCAUGGCAGCCUCCCACGUGAACUUUCCUUCAAUAAAACCAAGCAAUUUGAUGUUCAAGACCUCCACCGUGGCAGUCUUCCAGCUCAUUUACAACAUGAGGUACAAGAAUUCCGUCGGAGUAGCCUCCCUCUGGAAUUGCAAGAUGCCCUCCGCAACAGCAAGCCGGUUGAAAUUCAAGAGCUCCGUUAUAGCAGUAUCCUCGCAGCAGUGGAAGAUCUUGGGGAAACUCCUCUGGAGGCUGAGGAAGAGAAUUUUCAGAGCAGUCCCCCGCUUGAACUGGAAGUAUGCCACCAACCUAAUCAACAGGAUAUUGAACAGGACUCCCAGCAUGACAGCCAGAAGCCCCGAGAGACAGAAUGCAAGGUGGAUCAGGAAACUGAGACCGAGAGGCCCACUGCUUUGGAUAGUAAGAUAGCACCACUGAAGCAAAACGCCUCAUUUGCUCAGCAAACAUAUAGUAUCAUUUCAAUUGAGGAAUCUACCUGGCUAAACAGACGAUCUGGCAAAUUAAUAAGACACCUCAGUCAGCAGACUGAUUGCAGUUGGCUCCAGGCGAAUAGAGAGAGAGAAAGGAAGCUUGGUGAUAAAGAAAUGAUGACAAGUUGUGAAACGGGGGUUCAAAAAUCAACCUGCUCAAAGUCUGAAAAAGAAGUACAAGCACCUGCCUGGAAGGAUAUUGAGGAGUCUAUGGAGCAUGAGCCCUGGGUGGUCAGAAAACAGUCUGGUGUGUCUCAGAAAGACAGUGAAGUGUUCAUUGCACUCAAAUCACGAAGGGGCAGUGAACUCCGCACCCUGCCUGAGUCUCAGAAAGACAUCCAACCACCUUCUGCAGCAGUGUCCAGGAGAGGAAGUGAGCAGCCCAUUGUGCUUGAGUCCCGGAAGCUCAGUGAACUCCCCACCCUGCCUGAGUACCAGAAAGACAGCCAGCCACCUACUGCACCAGUGUCCCGGAGAGGAAGUGAGCAGCCUGUUGUGCCCGAGUCCCGGAAGCACAGUGAACUCCCGACCCUGCCUGAGUCUCAGAAAGACAGCCAGCCACCUACUGCGCCAGUGUCCCGGAGAGGAAGUGAGCAGCCUGGUGUGCCUGAGUCCCGGAAGCACAGUGAACUCCCAACCCUGCCUGAGUCUCAGAAAGACAGCCAGCCACCUGCUGCACCAGUGUCCCGGAGAGGAAGUGAGCAGCCUGGUGUGCCUGAGUCCCGGAAGCACAGUGAACACCCCACCCUGCCUGAGUACCAGAAAGACAGCCAGCCACCUACUGCAGCAGUGUCCCGGAGAGGAAGUGAGCAGCCUGGUGUGCCUGAGUCCCGGAAGCACAGUGAACUCCGCACCCUGCCUGAGUCCCAGAAAGACAGCCAACCACCUACUGCACCAGUGUCCCGGAGGGUAAGUGAACAGCCUGCUGUGCCUGAAUCCCGGAAGCACAGUGAACUCCCCACCUUGCCUGAGCCCCAGAAAGACAGCCAACCACCUUCUGCAGCAGUGUCCAGGAGAGGAAGUGAGCAGCCUGUUGUGCCUGAGUCCCGGAAGCACAGUGAACUGCGCACCCUGCCUGAGUCCCAGAAAGACAGCCAACCACCUACUGCACCAGUGUCCCGGAGGGUAAGUGAACAGCCUGGUGUGCCUGAAUCCCGGAAGCACAGUGAACUCCCCACCUUGCCUGAGCCCCAGAAAGACAGCCAACCACCUUCUGCAGCAGUGUCCAGGAGAGGAAGUGAGCAGCCCAUUGUGCCUGAGUCCCGGAAGCACAGUGAACUGUGCACCCUGCCUGAGUCUCAGAAAGACAGCCAACCACCUACUGCACCAGUGUCCCGGAGGGUAAGUGAACAGCCUGGUGUGCCUGAAUCCCGGAAGCACAGUGAACUCUCCACCUUGCCUGAGCCCCAGAAAGACAGCCAACCACCUUCUGCAGCAGUGUCCAGGAGAGGAAGUGAGCAGCCCAUUGUGCCUGAGUCCCGGAAGCACAGUGAACUGUGCACCCUGCCUGAGUCUCAGAAAGACAGCCAACCACCUACUGCACCAGUGUCCCGGAGGGUAAGUGAACAGCCUGCUGUGCCUGAAUCCCGGAAGCACAGUGAACUCCCCACCUUGCCUGAGCCCCAGAAAGACAGCCAACCACCUACUCCACCAGUGUCCCGGAGAGGAAGUGAGCAGCCUGUUGUGCCUGAGUCCCGGAAGCACAGUGAACUCCCCACCCUGCCUGAGUACCAGAAAGACAGCCAACCACCUACCGCACCAGUGUCCCGUAGGGGAAGUGAGCGGCCUGGUGUGCCUGAGUCCCGGAAACAAAGUGAACUUCCCACCCUGCCUGAGCCCCAGAAAGACAGCCAACCACCUACUGCACCAGUGUCCCGGAGGGGAAGUGAGCGGCCUGGUGUGCCUGAGUCCCGGAAACAAAGUGAACUCCCCACCCUGCCUGAGCCCCAGAAAGACAGCCAGCCACCUACUGCACCAGUGUCCCGGAGGGGAAGUGAGCGGCCUGGUGUGCCUGAGUCCCGGAAACAAAGUGAACUCCCCACCCUGCCUGAGCCCCAGAAAGACAGCCAACCACCUACUGCACCAGUGUCCCGUAGGGGAAGUGAGCAGCCCAUUGUGCCUGAGUCCCGGAAGCACAGUGAACUCCGCACCCUGCCUGAGUCUCAGAAAGACAGCCAACCACCUACUGCACCAGUGUCCCGGAGGGGAAGUGAGCGGCCUGGUGUGCCUGAGUCCCGGAAACAAAGUGAACUCCCCACCCUGCCUGAGCCCCAGAAAGACAGCCAGCCACCUACAGCAGCAGUGUCCCGGAGAGGAAGUGAGCAGCCCGUUGUGCCAGAAUCCCAAAGUGACAAAUCACUUGGGACCACAGCCAUGUUGGGUGCUGAAAAAGAGACUGAAGUACCAAGUGGUGCUCCUAGUGAGACAAAUCAAGCAAAACGGAAAACUUCUUUUUCUGCAAAGGCUCAACAAACAUACAGUAUUAUUUCCCUUGAAAUAAAUACCUGGAUUAACAGAAGAACUGGCACAUUAAUGUCUUGUAGCAGUCAACAAACUGAGGGAAGCUGGCUUCAGGAUUAUAUAGCAAAAAAACUAAGGCGUGCAUCUAAAGGAAGUAUGGGCAGGAGUGCUGCAGCUGAACCAAGUAAGUCUGGAUCUGAGAGUGAUGGAAAAGAUGAUGUAGAGCAGGAGCUCACCUGCAAUAAAGAGUUUCCAACUGAGAAUAAGGGGGCAACAGCGGAUCUAAUUGCAGCCCAAACCCUAAUGUCUCCUGAAGAAGCAGAAGGAGAACUGUUGCAGCUUGCAAACAAACUUGCAGUGGGGAACCAACAGAAUGAGAUACCACCAUCCCAGGGAGAGUGCAUACAGGAGGAUAUGCCACAGUUCCAAUGGGACAGCCAAAAGAGGGGGGUUCCAGAGCCAGAUAUGGUAGAGUCCCAGUGGGGCAGCCAGCAGGCGGUAGUGCAAGAAUCCCGGCGGGGCAGCCAGCAAGCAGAGGUGCAGCAAUCCAGGCGGGGCAGCCAGCAGCCAGUGGUGCAAGAGUCCCGGCGGGGCAGCCAGCAGGCGGUGGUGCAGGAAUCCCGGCGGGGCAGCCAGCAAGUGGAGGUGCAGGAGUCCCGGCGGGGAAGCCAGCAGGCGGAGGUGCAGACAGAGAAGCAGGAAUCCCGACGGGGCAGCCAGCAGGCGGUGGUGCAGGAGUCCCGACGGGGCAGCCAGCAGGCGGAGGUGCAGACGGAGAAGCAGGAGUCCCGACGCGGCAGCCAGCAGGCGGUGGUGCAGGAGUCCCGACGGGGCAGCCAGCAGGCGGAGGUGCAGACGGAGAAGCAGGAGUCCCGACGGGGCACCCAGCAGGCAGUGGUGCAGGAGUCCCGACGGGGCAGCCAGCAGGCGGAGGUGAAAGAAUCCCGACGAAGCAGUCAACAGGAGGUCGUUCAACAAUCCCGGCGGGGCAGCCAGCAGGUGGUGGUGCAGGAGUCCCGGCGAGGAAGCCAGCAGGCAGAGGUGCAGACGGAGAAGCAGGAGUCCUGGUUGGGUAGCCAGCAGGCAGAAGUGCAAGAAUCCCGGCGGGGCAGCCAGCAGGCGGAGGUGCAGGAAUCCCGGCGGGGCAGCCAGCAGGCAGAGGUGCAAGAAUCCCGGCGGGGCAGCCAGCAGGCAGAGGUGCAAGAAUCCCGGCGGGGCAGCCAGCAGGCGGAGGUGCAGGAAUCCCGGCGGGGCAGCCAGCAAGCAGAGGUGCAAGAAUCCCGGCGGGGCACCCAGCAGGCGGAGGUGCAAGAAUCCCGGCGGGGCAGCCAGCAGGCGGAGGUGCAGGAAUCCCGGCGGGGCAGCCAGCAGGCAGAGGUGCAGGAAUCCCGGCGGGGCACCCAGCAGGCGGAGGUGCAAGAAUCCCGGCGGGGCACCCAGCAGGCGGAGGUGCAAGAAUCCCGGCGGGGCAGCCAGCAGGCGGAGGUGCAAGAAUCCCGGCGGGGCAGCCAGCAGGCAGAGGUGCAAGAAUCCCGGCGAGGCAGCCAGCAGGUGGUGGUGCAAGAAUCCCGGCGGGGCACCCAGCAGGCGGAGGUGCAAGAAUCCCGGCGGGGCACCCAGCAGGCGGAGGUGCAAGAAUCCCGACGGGGCAGCCAGCAGGCAGAGGUGCAGGAGUCCCGGCGGGGCAGCCAGCAGGCGGAGGUGCAAGAAUCCCGGCGGGGCACCCAGCAGGCGGAGGUGCAGGAAUCCCGGCGGGGCAGCCAGCAAGCGGUGGUGCAAGAAUCCCGGCGGGGCACCCAGCAGGCGGAGGUGCAGGAAUCCCGGCGGGGAAGCCAACAGGCGGAGGUGCAGGAGUCCCGGCGGGGAAGCCAACAGGCGGAGGUGCAAGAAUCUCGACGGGGCACCCAGCAGGCAGAGGUGCAGGAGUCCCGGCGGGGAAGCCAACAGGCGGAGGUGCAGACGGAGAAGCAGGAGUCCCGGCGGGGCAGUCAGCAGGCGAUGGUGCAAGAAUCCCGACGGGGCACCCAGCAGGCAGGAGUGCCACAGUCUAGACAGGGAAGUCAGCAGGGCAAAGAGCUGAAAAUGGAGCAGGAAUACAAAACCCAGCAGGUUUUGGGUGAUGAAUUUCAUUUUAGUAACACCAUAUGGAAGACGUUAGGAAAUCCAACCCAGCAACCUGAUGAGUCUGCAAGCAAAGGAACUCUUGGGAGCUUAUCGUCAUACACAGAAGGUGAAGAUGCAGCUCAGCAGACAUAUAGCAUAAUUUCUCUAGAAGAUGGAAUCUGGCUGAACAGAAAAACUGGUAAGUUCCUGUUCAGUCAUGGUCAGCAGACAAACAAAAGUUCACUUCGUGGUGUUAAUGGAAGAGCUGUGGAAGAUGGCAGUGAUAGAGGAGGAAGUACAAAACCCAUCAAAUCUGCUGUAAUGCAAUCUGAAGAAAAAUCUGCAGAACCUUCCUGCUGUUGCAGUGUACAAACUGAAAGUUGUACAUCAAGCAUCAGCAUUGUACAACCUUGGGAAGAAAUGCAGGAUCCUAAUGAGAAAGUGAUAAGCAGCCACCAGAGCGCAACUACGCUGCUGAGUGUAGAUACAUAUGUUGAUGUGGAGUAUGAAUCAAAGGUGACUUACAGUGUUGUUUCUGUGCCAGAAGGAAGCUGGAUCAAUAUUAGAACUGGCAGGCUGGUGGUAUCUCAUACUCAGCAGACAGACGAGUCUUCCUUUCAAAAGCCUGGAACAGAUGGUCAAGCACCCCAGAGGCGAGAUAGCUACUCACCUGAGCUGAGCCAUUAUGACCUGAGUGAUAGGCAGAUCAGUGAAGGUUCACAGCCAACCUACCUCAGUGAUGAACCGUAUGAGGAACCUGUAAUGCCUGGUGGAUAGGAGGGCCUUAAGAGACUGGAGACGUCUGAGAGUUAGUUGACUCUGCUGUGGGAGAGGACCAUGGCAUUUUGGAGAGCAGUGGCUACAAGACCAAAAGUAAAGCUCCCAGGAAAACAGAUGGCAGAAUAAAAAUGGGGAAACCUGUUUAUUUUGUGGUUCAUCUGCUUGAAUGAUGUUUAAUGAUUUAAUAGCACCUGUGGGGCUGAUCCAACCACCACCUAUCUAUCCAGUGCAGGGGGUGGCCCUGGCUGUCAGCUUCCUCCUCCUUCUCAGACUCAGUGUUGCCCUUACAGAACUUGGCAGGGAAGAGGAUGGGGACAAAACUAGAAUUAGUUGGCUCUGGCUGCACCUGCUGUUGGUCUCCCUGCCUUCUGCCCCACCAGUGCCAGUGGGCACCAGCCACCACCGAAUAGUGAUAUUUCAGUUCCUCAUUUGCUUGCCUCUAUGACAUAAAGAUAAGGCCGAGACUCCAGUCCUGUUUAAAGAUAAUAGAUUCAUCACUUGGUAGCUGUGGCUUCAGGUGAUUAUUGUUCUGUGUGAACAAACCAUCCUAGAUCAAACCCCACCAACAGAAUUAUUCUACUAUCUCACAUCACCUCCAACACAGUCAGAGCUACCGGCUGAUUAAAGUAUUUUGACCGAUCUGCCUUUAAGCAAAUAAUGCAUUCAUGAAUGAAUUAAAAGUAAAUACAUUUGCCUGUUACAAAAGGUCAGUAUAGGUGACUUUUUGAGAUAUUGAAGGAAGUGUGAGAUACCCGAGAGCUUGACAAAUGAAAGAUAUUGUUAUAAGGAAAGGUCAGCUGUAAUCGUCCCGCCCCAAUUCCCUAUUAUUGUGACACCCCAGCAUGCAGGAGCCUGGAGGUGUGUGUGUUGUGAACAAGUAUGCUCUUAAUUCUAAGCUCUACCAAUUAAUUCUCCCCCUUGAUUAAAUCAACUAAAGCACCCUUCUGCAACCUAGUGCCCCCAGGUGUUUUGGACUGCAACUCCUAUCAGUCCCAGCCAGUUGCAUUCCAAAACAUCUGGAUGACACCAGAUUGAGGAGAGCUGAAUGAAAGGUCCUGAAGCAUGCAGUCCUGUGCCUAAUCCACUGGAGGCUUUUCCCACAUUCAGCUGUGAGUCAUCAAGUGUAGUACAUAGAUUGUCUCACUGUGACCUUCCUGGGUUAUUAAUUGUGCGAUUUUAUAUGUGUCUAUACAGAAGUAAGUUCCACUUGGAGGUCCCUAUCCCCUCCACUCCAACCACUGCACUCCAGUGGCCUCAUCCAACUCUUUAUUGCUCUCUAUGAAGCAAAAGAAUCCAUUGUAUAAGUGCAGAGGUGUCAGGAUCCUUGUAAUCCUGAAUCUAUAAACUGAUAUGGUAAGUUGGAUGUAAUCUGCAUAUCUUUAUAUGAAACUAUCUUAUACUGAGUCAGACCCUUGGUCUGUUAGCCCAGGACUAACUGGCAAGCAGCUCCCCAGGCUCUCAGACCCUGUUCUUCCCAUGUACCUGCAACCAGAGCCUUUUAGGGUUUCCUCCCCACUCAUGCCUGUGAGAAGUGCUAGGGCCCCUCGUUUCUAUUCCCCAUAAGCUCUGCUGGCUAAAAAAUUGAAGGACCCUCCCCCUCUUCCACGGUUUAACUACGGGUUGGUUCCUAAAUCAUUUUCUUUGCCCUGGCAUUAAAGCAAACACCAUGGAUGAGAAAUUGGCAAAUAUGCAAAAAUGAUUGUAUCGAUUUAUAGAUAAGCCUAAUUUAUUGUAAUUUUAUUGGUGUGAGCCACUCUGAGCCCAAUUUUGACUGGGGAGGGCGGGGUAUAAAUAAAAAAAUAUUAUUAAUAAUAAUUAUUUUAUGAUGUGUAGCAAAUAUUUUUAUAGGUUCCAAUUCCAAAUAAAUGAGUGUAGACCUGACCAUUUGGUACAUCUUUCUCAUACAGGGUACAUGGAGUAUGCCCCUAGGAAUGAAGGCAGCGUUCCUAACUCCUAAGACCUGAUGAAUUCAUUAUAGUCUUACUUCCAAAUAUAUAUGGUUAGGAUUGUGCUGUUAGUUCCACUAGAGUCAGUGAAUCUUACUCCCAAGUAAGCUGGCAGAUUUUCAGUUUCAAUAUUCAUAGAGGAGAUCCCAUGUUCAACAAUACAGGUGGGAUUUCCUACUUGUGUUACCAUUUGUGUGCUCUGUGGGGAGUGGAAGAAAAAAGUGCAGCAUGAGCGUAGAGACUCAUCCCCAGUCUCACCUGAAGGUAGGGUCAGGAAAAAGUGUUGCUUAAGCAUCCCAAUAAAAUACUUAAUGAAAAAACAACAACCCCAAAACUGAGAUGCAGCUGCUAAAACAAAAACAAGAAAAACCCUGACACUAGUCUUGGCUGCAUCAACAGAAAUAUAGAAAAUGAAGAGUACCACUCUAUUCUUCCUUGGCCAGACCACGCCUGGAGUCCACUUCUGAGCACCACAAUUUAAGGAUGAUAUUGACAAGCUGAAAUGUGGGCAUAGGAGGGCAAUCAAGAUGAUCAAGGGUCUGGAAGCCAAGCCUUCUGAGGAAUGGUUGAAGGAGUUGGGGAUGUUUAGCCUGGAGAAGACUGAGAGGAGAUAAGACAGCUAUGUUCAAAAAUCUGAAUGGCUGUCAUGGAAGACUGAGCAAGUCUGUUUUCUCUUGCUCCAGAGGGUAGGACCUGAACCAGUAGCUUCAAGUUACAAGAAAGAGGAUUGCAACUAAUCAGGAAGAAAUUUCUGACGGCAAGAGUUGUUUGACAGGGGAACAGUGUCCCUUAGGUGGUGGAUUCUCCCUCCUUUGAGGCUUUUAAGCAGAGGGACAGAUAGCCAUCCA